AUGGAGAAGACGAGAGGCUCGAAAGGUGCUCCAGCCAAGAAGCCAGCUUUGACACAUUUCCUCUGCCUGCCGCUGGUGACAAAGACAUCUCGACCCCAACUCGAGCACUCCCUCAAGCUAUUCAAAACCGCAGUCCGUCCCAUGCGACAGGACGACGCGAUAGAAGCGCAGAGCGAUGAUGACGAUACAGACAAAGCUACCAGCGCUCCCGAUAUUCAUCACAAAGCCAUUCGACCUGUUGACACUCUUCACUGUACACUUGGUGUAAUGAGCCUGAAGCCAGAGCAACUGGUGGCCGCCAUCACGUGUCUGGAGACAUUGGACGUGAUCGCAUGUCUGCAGGGUCAAGGUCAAGCCAUCCCAGAGACUGAUGAACUACCGAAUACUGGCCAUCCUUCUCUCGACCGGCCACCGACCACUGCUCCAAUUCAAGCCUUGAAGGUCAAUCUGAAGGGUCUAGAAUCUAUGCAUGCGCCGGAGAAGACUUCGAUCUUGUACUCCGCUCCAAAGGACGACUCUGACCGCCUCUACCCUUUCUGCUUGGCGGUGCAGAAGCUUUUCAAGGAUAAAGGCUUCUUGGUCGAUGAUGAUAGAAAGUUGAAGCUGCAUGCUACCAUCGUCAAUACAAUCUACGCGAAGGGACGCCAGCGCAGACGGCCAAAGCGAGACGCCAUGCCACAAGCGUCCUCUGGUUCUGGCAACACAGAGCAAGGCCAUGGAGCCAAGGCAAACGCCCUACUAAAGAUCGAUGCUCGGCCUGUGAUCGAACAGUACAAGGAUUUUGUGUGGGCUGAGGAUGUUGUGCUUGAUCGUAUGGCCAUUUGUGAGAUGGGAGCUAAGAAGUCGCUGGACGCAGCUGGGAAUGUCAUUGAUGAGCGAUAUACCGAAGUAGCGUCCAUCGCAUUACCACUCUGA